GAAAAGGCUCCAAACGGAAAACUAAGCACGCAGCAGGAGCUACUCCUUCUUGAUAGCCUCCCCCCCCUCCUGUACCUCCUUUGUCGAUCCCGUAUCCAACAUCGAAUGCUUGAUGAAGUACACAGGAGUGAACGAUCGGACUCUCAGCACUUUAGAAGGAGAAGAGUCCAAGCGCGAAUUCGUUAGGGGUCAUGCCAAUUGGGAUUCGUGUGUCUGUGUGAAUACAUCAAGGAGGUCAAGUCACAAGACUGUCAACUUUAUAGAAGAAAUAAACCUUGGCAGCAAAAAACAAUGCAUCGCUCAAAGAACCUUCGCCUUUCGAACCAAGGAGCAACGGCGCUUAGGAGUAUAAGGAGAGCAACUGAUUGUAAUACAAUCAAAGGGUAACACCAUGGACUUUGACGACGAGGAAGCUGCCAUCGCAGAGGCGAUUCGCCUGUCCCUCGAAGAAUCAGAGGCGAGAUCUCGUUUGGCCGCAGAACCAGCAGUGCACCCACAACAACAAGUGAUAGACCUCACUGACGACCUUGAGCCAGUCAAGGUGGAGCGAUCCUCGCCGGCACCCAUGCUGGCGCCCAUGUCAGCACCCAUGUCACCACUUAUACCAGUACCCAUGCCAGCAUCUCUCGCCAACGCACACAGUAGCAACAGCCAUGAUACCGUCGAGAACCAGGAGGAGGGAGACGAAGAUUUGGAGAGGGCACUGGCGCUUUCUUUGGCUGAGGUCAAGUCAGCGGGCAGAGUAGAAUUAAACAGAGAAAAGUACGCUAUGAAUGCAGAUCCCGUCGCAGAAGCGUCGUCAGUAUCCAGCGCCUUUGGAGGGCUCAGUCGAGCAGACAUGGAAAGAGAGCGUCAAGAACGCAUUAAAAGAAAAACCAUGUCUAGAGGAACAACAUUGGAAGCAGGAGAUAGCGUGGGUAGUACCAAGAGAAAGCGCGUUCAGGAUGCACCAUCGGUUUCGACGAUAGUACCACCAUUGGAUUCUCAGGCAUUUUUAUUGGAAGCGUCAUCACCCUCAGUAUCAUCUUUGCCAUCAUUAUCUUCAUCAUCCUCAGCAUCAUCUUCUGCAUCAGCACCGGCAUCUACAACCAAAAUACCCAGAACAUCCAGCAAGCCAGUACCAUCCACGAAAGAGAGAGUGGUAUCCACAUCACCUCCUGCGGCGCAUGAGCAAGCAGCUACUAUGGCGUCGUCAUCAGGAACACCAUCUCAUUCAGUACCCGCUUAUAAACCUGAAUUCCUUGCCGCUACAUUCCGUAACACGGGUAUCCAAGGAACAAAACUCGGCAAAUGGGAGAUCAGAUUUCAGGACCUUGUCAAAAAGAAAUACCUCAUCAAGGCAGUCUUGACUUCAUUCCAGUUGGACGAGGAGUGGCUCGAAGAGCACAUUCCUCCGAAUAUCGCCCAAUGUAUCAUUACGCACUGGACCAGAGAGCUAGGAGAGCAGCCGGGUUUCUUUAAUGAGGGCAAAAAAACGUACCUGCACCCUCCUCUCAAUGGAUUCGGGAGCUUCCAUUCCAAGCUGAUGCUCCUGUUCUAUCCUAUGUUCUGCCGCGUUGUGAUUACGUCCGCGAACCUGGUACCGCACGAUUGGCUGCAACUUGUGAAUAUAGUGUAUGUUCAGGAUUUCCCCUUGCUUCCCGCACCACUCGAUACGCCGGAGGAGCUUGGUCAAUUCGGAAAUACUUUGCACAACUUUCUCAAGAUGAUGACAGUGCCGAACAAGGUCCUUACCGUGCUGAGGUGCGUGGAUUUCACCGCGGCCAAAAUCCUUUUAGUGCCUUCCGUUCAAGGGUCUUUUCUUGUUUCUGAUGAACACACCUACGGGAUCGCACAACUUUCCAAGGUGCUGCAGCCAAGAAUAUCUCCGUUCCAGGAAUUGGACAUUGAGUACCAGACAAGCUCCCUCGGUAAAAUGACGGCCAAGUUCCUACUCGAGUUCUACAAGGCAGCGAGAGGCCAACCGGUGAGGGCGCGUUCUAAAAUUAACACGGAGGAGCCACUACCGCCCAUCAAGGUCGUGUUCCCAACUGAGAACCAUGUCAGGAAUAGCCGAUUGGGCGAGUUGGGAGCGGGAACGGUCUGCUUUCAAAGCCAGUACUGGGACGAUCUCACCUAUCCCAAGCGAGUCAUGCACGAUUUCGAAUGCGUUGGAGCUCUUCGUGGAUCACUGAUGCACACCAAGCUGGUUCUUGCCAAGGCAGUUGAGGCACCCAAUACGACCGGCCAGUCUACCUCCGCGUCGACUUCAACAACGACUGGUCAAAAGCAGGGCCCCAAGUGCGCAGGAUGGCUAUAUGUCGGAAGCGCCAAUUUCACCGAGUCUGCCUGGGGGUCCGUCACACUAAGAAGAUCUGGCCCAAUCGCUGGUCAAGGCUUGCGCGUGAAUAUACGAAACUGGGAACUGGGAGUCGUAUAUGUGAUCGAGACCGAGGAGGAGAUGGAGUCCCUGGAGGCACUCACUCGAGCCCAGGGGGGUGAAAGUCACACGGACGAUGACGAUAUGCAAUCGUUCUUUGGGCCAUUGCCGGUUCCGUACAGACGACCCUUGACUCCAUAUACUUCUAAUGAUCGUCCAUGGAUCCGCUGAGGAGAUAUUGAUGGCUACGAGAAAUAAAACGCGCUUUUACUGUGCAGCCUUUUGCUGAGGCGGAUAUAUCGGUAUGAUGAAAGACCACUCUGGCGCUACAGCACCCAGAGGAUACAAACGUGCGCAUCAAGGAACAAUACUUAAAACUGCGACGCGGUCAUUCGCGUUUCUAAGCCUUGU